UCAUUGUGCUUUCGUCUCGGGGUAGUAACACUCGCUCAAAAAAAAUCAAACAUUUGGAUCCCCCUCUAGGUAUCCUGCGUUUGCCCCUAGACUCUGUCACAUUUUGAGCCCUCGUUUACCUAAAGCUCAUGCUUGCCUGGCUGAGACCCACAUACGAAUCUGGCAGCGGAGAGAGGGGAUUCUCCUCCCCCGGGGAAGAGAGCCGUAUAACAACAGCCCGCCGCUACCGCACGCCAGACAUAACACACACAGCAGCAGCGUGAUAGUGGCACAUGGCGCAAACACAGCUCUAUUCUCCCCCAGCCCCCGCACAGUCCGUCCCCCGGCCCGCUGCCGUUACCCUCCUCCCGUGCUGCUGCCUGUGUGACUGCGGUACCAUUAGCAGCCGCCGAGUCAGAUGAUGCGCUGACGCCUCUCCCGCUGUCCGACUCAGCCAUGUGCGUCCUGUGAUUGGCCGGACUGGGUCACGUGUGGCGGCGGACAGCUGGCUGCGGCUGAUCGCGGUCGGUGCAGCCGCCUGCUCCCCGCUUCACUGUCCGGGCUUCCUCGCUCGGCCUCUGCAACUCCUUUCCCGCCGCAGCAUGGGAGACAAGAAAAGCCCUACAAGGCCGAAGCGGCAGCCGAAGCCGUCGUCAGACGAGGGGUACUGGGACUGCAGCGUCUGCACCUUCAAGAACAGCGCCGAGGCCUUUAAAUGCCUGAUGUGUGAUGUGCGCAAAGGGACCUCCACCCGAGCUAUGAAGUCACUGCAGGCUGCACUUCCCCUACCAGGACUGCAUUUUGAAAAGCCACAAAGCAAGAAAAUUGUUACUGGGAUUCACAGAAGCGUCUACAAAAGGAAACCUCGGCCGGUAUCGCAGCUGGUUGCACAGCAGGUAACUCAGCAAUUUGUGCCUCCCAUGCAGUCAAAGAAGGAAAAAAAAGACAAAAUAGAGAAAGAAAAGAGUGAAAAAGAAACUCCUAUUAAAAAGAACAGUAACAAGAAAGCAAGGCCACGAUUGAAAAAUGUGGAUAGAAGUAGCGCACAACAUUUGGAGGUUACUGUGGGGGACCUAACAGUCAUUAUUACAGACUUUAAGGAAAAAACAAAGUCCCCCCCUACAUCCAGUGCCACCUCAGUGGACCAGCACAGUCAGAGUGGAUCUGGCUCUGAAAACACAGAGCGUGGAAUUUCCAGGUCAUCUUCACCCAGGGGAGAAACAUCAUCAGUAAAUGGGGAAUCUCAUUAGUUUCUCUCUAGUCUUUCCUUCAUAUUGUGACAGGAAUAUUCUGCCAAUAGUCACCACAGUUACAUGGGAAAAUCUGAGGCAAAUCUGGUAUUUUUUGAGGAAGAAAAUGGUUAUGUACGCACUUAUUUUUUUUUAUAAAUAUAUAUAUAACUCUUCACUUGUAAGUGCACCUUGAAUGAAAAGACUAUCGAUGUGACACCAAAACAUGAAAAAGGUUGAUAUAAACAGAAAUAAUAUAUACUACUACUCUGCAUUUUGUAAAGAUGUUCUACUUGUUUGAGCCUCUUGAAUAUUUACCCUAUGAAUACAGUGUGUACUGGCUGCCAUGUCUAUCCUAUAGUCUGAUGUUUGCUUUUCUUCCCAAGGUACAGCAGUAACAGGGACACUAUCCUUUUUAUUUAUGUUGUAAAGGGUAUAGUUAUCUAUUUUGCACAAAAUUCAAUUUAAACGGUUUUAUUGUUAGAACAAAUUACACGAAGCAGCUGAUUUGUAUCUCCCUGAGCCUCAAUACUUACCAGUAGGUAACCCUGUGUGAUACCUAACUUCAGAUAGUGUGCAUCUUAUCAGUUGGGGAUUGUUCUCAUAGAUUUUCACAGUGCUUGUCCGCAGCACAGAAUAGUACAUGAAUUAUUAUUAUUUUAAAAUAUGAGUUUUAGCUGUCUGAGGAGUAGUUCUAAGGAUUUAUGAUCACUGUGAUAGUCUUAGGCUACUAAUAAGCAGUUGGUCUAUGGCACGUACGAGUGAGGGAGUUUAGCAAGUAGUGUUAUCAGAUGAAGGUGGACUGUGGUGCAAGGCUAUUGCAGAGUCCAAUUUAGUGAAACAUAGAGAGACACAAUUUUUCAUAUUAUAUUUAUAAUACUGAAUCCAUUACACAAGCCUAUAUUCAAAACCAUAAACUGAAAAAUAUUUGUUCAUGACUGGGUCACUAACAUCACAUUGACAUAGGAGCUAUAAUUUUCCUAUUUGUAAUUGGCUGUUUGCUAUGAUUACACACUUGUCUCAUUUUAAAUUUGGUUACGUAAAAAAACAGGGCUAAAACUGUACAUACAUGUAUUUAAUCUCAGUCUUGAACAAAUGUAUAUAGAUCCCUUUCAUUUUAGGUGUUACUAGCCUUUCAAUGUCAGCUUGUAAAAUACUUUAUAUAUGCGCGCACACACAGUCUGAAAGUUGACCGUAAACCGUUACAAUUUCAAAUGAGACCUCAACAACUGAAAGAAUAGAAAACCAAUUUCGCCCCAGAAUAGUUUCUCCUCUGUUUUUUCAAUGAUACUUGAACAGAAUGUGAAGUCACUAUCUCUGUGCCUAGCAGGGGCUGGAGAAGUAGGAGACACCGAGCAAGGUAUAAACAGUUUACAAUAGGGACUGUGCACUGAAACUGGCACCUGAUUGUUUUGAACUGCUUAAUAUCUUACCUGAUCACCCCCAUCACUGCCUGCAACGCUACACAUGUCUACUGCUUCUGUCCAAGCCAUGAUCACAAAAGGAGAUGCCUAGGGGAAGCACAUCCCAUUGGAUCAUGGAAGCAGGGGCUAGUGUACGGUCGAGAGUCCAUUUGAUUUGGAGCUCUGUAAAGCUACACAUCUGGCUUAAUUCAGAACGAGUUCAAAUACUUGCAGUUGUGUGCACCCCUGGGAUACUUGGGCA